AGAACCUUUAUCUAAGAGGUGGUUGAAUAUUUUUUUAGGAAGAAUAAGAUGCCUACUUAUGUCCAGCUGCUUAUCUCCUAGACAUAAAUGAUAUGCUGUUUAGAGUUAAUAAAAUAAACUGUUAUUCUUCUCACCAAGGUCGGGGAUCUAAUCCGGGUACAUUAGUUCUCUAUCGUAUUAAAUGUGUAACACGUUGGAACUUGAUUCUACUGUAUAUGACACUAUUGUUGUGUUUAUCUGAAAUGACUGAAGGUGUCAGUCAUAAUAUUUGCUAGACAUCCUUAUCUCCAAUCAGAUACCACUGCAUGUAUUUAUUUAUUUUUGUAUAGGGAGGAAAAAACAAAACCGUUCGCCCUGCUCUACACCAUAACUAACUGGUUUACAGCUGCAUCUUUAGCACAGUGUUCGCGCGUUCUCGUUCAUUCUGAAAGGCAUCUGCUCUGCGAAGCGCGUCCACGUGUGUACCCUGUGGGCGCGCUCUUUAUGACAGAGCAGAGAGAGAGAGGGAGGGGGGGAGCGCGCGAGCACCAGGAGGGGGGCCCAGCUGCAAAUUUUUAAAAAAAAAAAAAUCGAUGUAACAAUGGCAGCAUCAAGCACCUUGUGCUAGAUGGUGGAGAAAAGAAUAAAAGCAGCAGCAUAAAAUACAAAUUCGAGCUAAAAAAAAAAUACGCUAGUUUAACACGAAGCAAUUGCAUGCACAGAUGAAAUGGUACAACUCCUUGUUUGUUUCAUGGAACAACAAGAAUGCUGUAAAAUAAAAUGGAGCUGUAGUACUGGGGGGAAAAAAAGCCCGUCUCCAUCACUGAGAGGCGCGUCCACCUGCUGAUAUUGGAGGGUUCUAGGCAGAAACCAUGGAGAAGCGGCUGCACUGAGGGGAGAGACAUACGGUAUUCCCUAAUACUAGGAGGUGGGCAAUCCGGGUGACAGAAAAAGGACGCAGUUUAGGUGCGUUCGGAGGUUGGAUAGAGGUAAUGAUGCAUGGAAGGAGAGACAGAACCAGGCAAAAUUAAUGGAUGUUCUACACGAUAACAGCUCCUCUGCACAGGAACGAAGCCCGGCUCAGGUUAAUGGGGAAAAUGAAGAUGGAUCACAUGACCAGAGGGAUGAUGUGAAGCCGUGUGCUGCUGCAUAUACUGCAGUUACAUUUUCAUCCUCGGCUCCGGCAACGAGUAACAGCACACAGAAAGAAAACCAAGUGUGUCAGCGGGUUGUGCCUCCCUUGACUUCAAAGGAGCCCUGUAUCCUGAGCCCUCCGUCCCCUCUGAGGCUCACAGAGGUACCUGAACACACUUCAGAUGACUCUUCCACGCAUGCCACCUCCCUCACAUCCUGCGUUACCAAGGGGGUGAGCCCUUGGUCCCUGCCAGAGGAUUGUGACCGAACUCCGUUCACCAUCAUGGAGCCAGGUGGCAUAUCGGCUCUGACUGGCGACUGUUUGAUGCCACAGAGCCGAACCUGCCUGGGUUGCUUUAUUGAAUCAAAAGACAGUGUUGACGCUGAGCCAGGAAUCAGCCUAAAAAUGGGGGAUAUAAACAGGGAUUAUGAUACCUGCUCCAUCUCAGAUAUAGGGAUUCAUUGCAUGAGCACAGGAGAGAGUGCAAGAUAUGGGGAUCAACUGCUUUCUGAUCAGCUCCUAAGCUUCCCCCUGCAUAAAUCAAGGACUGCAGACAAAAGAGACGUGGAGAAAUCUGACAGUGAUUCAGAAGACCCGACUCCAAAAAAUGAUUACGAGGGAUUACUGUUAGACAAAUGCAAUGGGGAUGAGGCUCUGCUAUCAAAUCCCAAUCAGGAUUGGGGCUAUUUUGAGUCCUUUAUUAGUGAAAGUAAAAUCGAACUGCUUGACCUAUGCUCCAAAAAUGAGCUCUCUGUAAACCUUUUUUCCGAGGAGGAUGUGGACAAUUACAUGUUCGAUGAUGACGACUCCACCCUCAGCAGUGACGUGUGCUCUUUAAAGAUCCGCUACGAAUCCUUCCAGGAUAACAUGAGGGAAAAGACCACCGCCCUGCAAGAGGAGACCCAGUUUAACUUCUUCCCCAGUGUCCUUGUCAACUGCACGAAAAAGGAAAAUGGCCCAGUCAAGAAGAACACAGACUCUCAGUUUAAAGCUGAUGAGAUCAGCCUUUGGGGUAGCGAAGACAAAGCUGAUACAAACAAAAGCUGUAACCCUGGUGGCACAGUGCCGUACUUACCCGCUAAAAGAAACCAUUUCUUUGACUCCAACAAUUCUGCUGAAGAUUCAGGGGAAUACAGCGACGAUGACAGUUCAUGCACGGGAUCUUCUUACGACACUUUCAGGGAAGCUAAGGAGUGCAAUAGGUAUUUAUCCAGAGAGAACUCCAGUUCAUCCAGUCAGCUAAACUACGGAUUAAGAGCCAAACGAAAAGUGAGAUACAGUGACGACUACCUGUAUGACGUGGAUUCUAUUGAGAGCGAAAAGAAUGCAGAGAAAAAAGAGCUGCAGCCAUACGGCCCUAAAGAGGAAGAUGAUGACGACUGGUGCCCAAAGAAGAGGCGAAAAUCAUCUCGGAAAGAGCCUCCAGUUAUCAUUAAGUAUAUAAUCAUCAACCGCUUCAAAGGAGAGAAGCACAUGCUGGUAAAACUAGGCAAAAUCGAUCCCACUAACACAACAGUUAGCUUAAACGAUGACCUACUGAACAAAUAUGAAAAAAUGGCUCCCUUAAAAGACUAUUGGGAAAAACAGCAGAUCAGCAGGAACGAUCUGGCUAUCAGAGAUAAACAGCAUUUUCAUAGGAAUGGCUCAGAUCCAUCGUUUAGGCCUAGCCCCCCGAAAAGAAAAUAUAAGAUUGCAAACAGACAUAGGAUUCAAAGAAUUCAAACUGUGGAGCAAUCACCAAACAAGCAGGGCUCUUCUUCUGAUCACAAGCAGGAAAGCCACACUACAGAUGAUGCAGCCCUUCCGGGCAUGCCAUUAACAAUAGCAACCCCCAACUGUGCAAACAGAUUAGACUCGAAUGACAUAACACACACUGGCUCAGAAAAGAGCAGAUCACAAGAAAGCGAAGAUAAGGGAAUUGAAACAAAAAUUGUCCGAAUAAAAAAAUUCAAAAGUGAAGCCAGAUUGAGGAGCAAAAGAAUGAAAGCCAUGCAAGAGGAUAGCAAAAGCAUAACAAACCUAACAGCGAUUUGCCCUGUUUUAGAAAACCAGGACUCUGUAGGCAUGAAGGAUGUUACUAUUCACUGUGCUGCUAGCAGUCCUCAUUUAUCUGAAAGCCACAGUACUGAUGCUGCUGCUGAAAAACCUACUUUUUUACCAGCCACCACCUGCUCGUCUGACAAGCCUGUACCAUCUGCUAACAUUGCUACAAGUGUACCAGUUGUCCCUGGAGGCUAUCUGCAGACGUUGUUAGAUGCAUCUGAUUCAUCAAGUAAUACCGGGAUCUCUUACUUCUCCCAACAUCCCUCUGGGCAGCAUCCUGUCAGUGUUUCCCAUGCGGAAAAGCAGUUCACUUCUCUGCAACUCGCACAGAGUUGUGUGCUCUCUCCACCCUCCGAGUCAGAGCUUCAACAGUCGCCCCACCACCUGGAGAUUGAGCACAACUUUCCUCCCAUGUGGCACACCGAGACCAGCAACAGCCAGCCUUCAUUUACAUCCAAUAUCCCAGAAACUGCUCUGCUGUCAAGCAAUUUCGGGGUGUCUGCUCAAAUGACAGACGACAUGUCUGGAUAUGGCCAGCUAAACCUGAACAGCAACAGACUGCCGUAUCAGAAGAAUUAUUUGCAUGAGCACCCCUUGCAGGCUGACACUGAUUAUCAGGCAUGCCAGGUACCGUGUGGAGAGGGACAUUUUCAGUUUCAGCGAGGCACACUAAAUACAGACGAUGGCAGACUCGUCAGUUUUGAUUCAGUUGGUUCAUUGUCGGCUACUUCUAGCAAUUAUAGCUCUUUAAGUUUAAAGUCCUGCGAUAAGGACAGUGAAGAUGACAUGAAUGAUAACUUCUUAGCCCACUGCAGUCCCAAAUUGGUGAUCCAGCAAAGCAUUGAUGAAAUUAUCCCCCUGAAGGAGUCAACAGACUUGCUGGACAUUUCAAACUUCACUCCUGAUAAGUUCAGACAUUCAUCCCUGUCGGAGAUGUCGCCGCCUGACACGCCAAAUUUGUCUCCUCAAGUUACAGGGCCAGAAAUGAAGUCCAUGGAGAAGGCUAAAGACUUCCAGGAUUCCACUGAAGUCAUUCUGGGCAGCUCUCAGGACGUGAAAUGGAACUGUAAUGUCCUUCAACAGCAGGAACAUCACAACAGCCCAUUCAUGGUUAACAGUCAUAGAUUUCAGUUCCACAUGUUCAAUGAUGAUGAUACGGUUGGUCUGGUUGAGAAAUCCCCCUGCCUGGAAACUUUUGACAAGCAACGAGGUGAAAUCAGCACUAGCAGCACAAAAACUUCAAAAGCAAAAAAGAAAUCCACCCCGAAGCAGACUGGGACUGAUCAGAAGAGCGCAAAGAAAACCAGAAGCCCAAAAGGCAGCAAAACAUCAGAGAAAAGUAAAACUCCUCGACAAGGGUCCAGAUCAAAGAAAGGGAAAAAUGGCACAGAGGAAAAGAAUGCUAAAGCCCAGGCGGGGGAUUGCAAGGCGGCACUGAACGAUCCCAUCACAAUUCACAGCCCUGGCAACUUAAGGCUUUCUAAUGACUGGUCAUUAGGUAAAGACAUCAACAUGAGCUGGUCUGAUCCUAGCAUAGCACAGAAUGCGAAUCUCCUUGACGAUGAUCAACGAGAGUUUGAAGAGCCCUCAAACAUCCUGUCCAACAUCGCUUCUGGAAUGGCUGAGGUCCAGCGGUUCAUGAUGGCCUCUAUCGAGCCAUUGUGGAGCCCUGCAGCAAGUGUUUGCCAGCCCCCGGAAGCCAACAGCCUCAAACUGAAAACCCUCAAAAUCCUUGCCAGCACCCCAGCAGAGUCCAAAAGGAAAGGCGCCAGCAGCAGCGAUUCCCCUGGGGUGAUAAAGAGCCGGAAGUUAUCCACCAAGAGCACAGGCAGCAAAACCCAAGUGAAAUUAAAUGUUUCCAGCCCCCCACUGCCCAGCAUUGCACUGGAUUGUAACGGAGGUACGUUGCCAAGGUGUGUCUUUGAUAAAAGCAUUGCUAAUCUAAGUACUUCAGGCAAUAACGGCCCGCCACAUAAAAAGAUGUAUCGUCAUAAAACAAGCGCAAAAUUUCCAAGGGAUGAAAACAGUAAGGGAAAACGAACAGAACGCGACCAGAAUAAGGACUUAUCAGUGAUGGCCUCUUUAGAAAAACUGAGGGAACCAGACUACAGUUUUCUUAAAGCAGAAAGGGGCCUUUUUGUUUUACAUGUGUUUUUGAAGAAGAUACUAUUUGAUUUUGGAAUGGCAUUAUUUACGUUCUGUCUUUUCUGUGAAAACUGCAAUGCGGGCCUUUUAAAUGAAAACAGUGCCCCUGAGCAGAAUUUCUUUACAUGCCUGGAAUAUGUUGAAUAUAAAGUUUAAAUAUGCUCUUAAGUUCUUUCAAAAGUGAAGUUUUGUUAAACGCUGUUGUACAGAAACAUAUGCACUACUUGCAAAAAAGAAAAACCUGUGCCAAACAAUGAACCAGUGACUGACUGAACAGACAAUUUUAUAUAUCGACGUGAGCAUUUUUCAUGUUUUGAUUUGGGACACGUGAAGGGAAGCAAACAUUCCAGCAAUGUUUUUUCUUUGUUUUGUUUUUUUUUGAGGAAAACCCCCCGUUGAAAAGCACCUGCAGCUGACAGUGGUACAACAACUCACAUUUUACCAAAACCUAAGGACUUUGAUCUUGUCAAUUUUGCCAAAUUUAACUUACCUCAACAUCACCCGGCAUUGUGAAUCUCAAACAAGAAACCAUACUGGGGGCUGACGAAUCUAGUUGUGUGCGCAGAAGGAGGUAACCCGUUGCAUUAAUCCCAUGCAGUUUUAUUGGAUUCUCAAAGAAAUCGUAAAGGCAUCAGAUGCUUGCUUAAACUGAAACCGGGGGGGUAAAUCGAGAUGUGUGAUGCAGCAUUGAUCUACCUGCAGCACAGACUGUGGGUGGCCUUUUUGACUCCUGCCUACUGAGAACUGAAUGUACUAUUCCAAUGUGAAUUGUUAUUUUUAAAAAAAACAUAAUAAACAGAGGUACCACUGUUGAGCUGCUGCUAAUUAAUGGUGCUAAAGAAAACCACUUCUCCGGAGGAAAAAAAAAACACAGCUUGUGCCCUUUUUAAGAAUGUACGAGAAGUGAUUGUUUGAUGUACUUUGGUUUUGACAUUCAUUGGAAAUACAUUUUGCCUUUUUUCUUCUUUUCUUUAAAAAAUAAGCUUUAUAAAUAUCUUGUUCCUAGAGGGAUUCUUAAUUAAGGAACUCUUAAAUGACAUCUUGCAAAAUCUUGUAUAUUUUUCAGUGUGCCAAUUUGUAAGAUAUUUUGUAAGUGUAUAUUUUUCUUAGAAAGUGCUGUGAAGUUUUUGUGUGUGUGCGUGUGGGUACCCUUUUUUGCGCCUCAGGGUGUUUAUAAAAGGUUGCAUAAUGACAAGUUUCUGGUUUUAAAAACCAAAAUACAGAGAGGAAAAAAAUCAACUGAAAAUCUUUUUGUCUGGAAUUUUGUAAUAAGACCAAUCUUGUGAGAGUGUAGUGCUAUGGUGUAAAAAAAAAAUAUACAAAAAAAAAGAUACAACACAAAUUUGUGAACUCUUUGCUGUUUUAUAGGUUUUCAUGUAAAUUAUUCUAGUAUUAUUUUGUUUUGUUGUAAUUGUUGCAAAGGUUUUAAAUAUUUGUGAUUAAGCCUGUGCAGUGAAAAUGUAAUAUUGUUAACUUGCUGAGUUUUGUAAUAAUGUUUAUGGAAUAAAUAUAAAAAUAAAAAGGAGCUUUUGAAGGCUACUUUCAAACAGGCUGAAAUAUUUUCUUCAUUACUUUGUUGUAAAAAUUGUUCUGUAGUGUUCUAAAAAAAAAAGGAAGAAUGCAGCAUUUAUGAUGAUUAAACUGUAUUUUAAACCACUGA